GCUUCUGCUGCGGAUACCCGGUGACUCUAAUUAUUUUUCAGUUUUAGUUUUUGCUGAUGUAGUGCUGGUCAGGAGGCUGAGGCUGAAGUUGAAGUGCCGCUCUUGAAGGCGUGAGCUCCAAAUGCAUUCGCUCCUGGGCCGGGAGAAGAAAGAAGAAGAAGCAGGGUUUGGGAUUGAUCUGACUCUGUCUCCGGGCUUUCUGCCCCAAGCUGCUACCAUGUUCAGCUGUGUGGGCUGCUUCUGGGUGCUCCUGUCCUCCGUUCUGGUCGCCGUCUGCAGUUUCAGCUUCAUAUCCCCUGCCUGGAUUGUUAAGGAUCAGCUGAGGAGCAACCACCACCACCACAACAAUAAGGACUCCGUGAGCUUCGGCUUGCUGUGGCACUGCUCGGAGUCUCUGGAUCACAUGUACCGAUGCUACACCUUUGGGGGACUGGGCAAAUUUGCAGAAAUCCCCUCCAGCUCCUGGCAGACCAGUGCGGUGCUGUGUUCUGGAGGCUGUGCUCUGCUGGCUGUCAGCUCCCUGUUGGCCAUCAUCACCAUCUUCCUGCCCAGUGGAGGAUGUGAGAGAAGGAUCUGCACCCUGGCCGGAUACAUGCAGAUGGCUGCAGUGUUCAUCAUGGCGGCCGGACUGCUGGUGUACCCUUUCGGCCUGAACUCUUCACUGGUGCGGUCCUUCUGCGGAGACUCUGACAUCUACUACGCUGGCGAGUGCCAGAUCGGCUGGGGCUACAUGCUGGCCAUAGUUGGAGUCAUGCUCACCGUCUUCUUGCCCUUUUUUGCUAAAUAUGCACCGAAGGAGCAGCUGUCCCCUACCCCGUUGCCCACGCUCUUAUAGUUAUGUCUUGUUUUUCUUCCCUUCUUCCUUGACCACUCUCUCUAAUCUGGGCUCAGUGAUGCUACCUGGGAAGUCCCUCUCAGCAAGAACUAAAGCUGAUGCCAGAAAAACAAAACAAACCGUCUUCCUGCGUCUAUUUGUAAUUAAUCCAGUGAUUUUAAAUGGGAUGCUUUCUGUUUGAACAACACUCUGUGGUUAUUAUUAGUACUCUCCACAGUUUGAUGCAUCUGUUUUGGGCAUGAAGCAGUCAGAAGAUGCAAAGACUGACAAACCUAAGAAAAUUACCACAAGCAUAACAAAUAUUAGAAAUUCUCUCUUUUUUUCUUGGUGGAAACAUUCAGCAUACAGUAUGUAACAUUCCAACGCAGACUGGAAGCAUGAAAAAUAAGUGGCAGUAUGACUCAAGCACUCGAAUAAUGUCUCAGUAGGAGUUUUUUUCAGAAACAUUAAACUUGGCAACAGAGCCAAUAUGAUCAAUUAAGCGAGAAAAUCGAUGCAUCAGGACCUGCGUGCUUCGCUGAGGUGUUUUGGACUGUAAAUAUGAUGUGGAUUUAACAGAGCUGAUGUUUGAGGUUUUAAAACAACACGUGGCGCUUUGAAGGAUUUUUCUCCUCAGACUUUUUUCUGCCUCCCAGUCUUGUGACCGGGCAGCAAACCAGCGGGAGCCAAGGAGACGUUACAGCUUUGAAAGACAUCGCUUUUAGUAGCUGCCGCAAAGAGCGGGACAAAAGACGCGGCACCAGACCUGCUGUGAGGACAAAUGGAAAUCUGUCUCUUCAAAGAGGCGAAUCAUAAUGACUAACGAGUAGUUGUUUCAGAACGGUGUUGUCCAACAAAAAAGAAAAAAAAAAAAGGGAAAAAAAAAAAAAAGAUCCUGCAUCCUUUUCUCAAUGUUUUUUUCCCCAGAUCUGUUUUGUGUAAUGUAACUCACUUGUUUUGUUCUGUCUACAACACACAAAAGUAAACACUUGAAAUCAGGAACAAAAUGAUAGCAAAAGGCAGGGCCAUGUAGGAAUUUUCUCUGAAGUUGCAUGAUAAGAUGGGCUUUGUUAACGGGAGGACUGAUCUAGAUUUUAAACGUGAUCUGACCAACUUGUGCCUUUUAACAUAACCAAGACAAGUGUUUAAUACAAUGAUCAGGUAAUCGUCAUUUUUCUGCUGAAAAACUGUGGAUCCUGUUGUUAUUUCUUAUUCUAAUUUUUUUUUUUUUCCUCUCAGCGGUAAAGGCUGACUCCUGUUCUUGAUGCCGUAUGAUAUCAUUAACUUGAGAAAAUGUUCUGGUGGGGAAAAAAGAUGUCAUUGAA